AUGGCCCAAGGUUUCCCUGUGCAGAGAAUAAAAUUGAAGGAGCAGAUUGACACCACACCGGUGGGUGUUAUCGGUCGUUUACAUUACGCCUGCCUUCGUUGCAAAGCUCAAAAAAUCAAAUGUUCAGGUGACAAACCAAGUUGUUCAAACUGUAUCAUGGCCAGAAAGGGCUCAGAAUGUAGCUAUCCCAAUAAAGACAGAAAGGUUAUCAUCUUGGAGUCGCAACUUGACAAGUUGACGGAUCGAAUCAAAUAUUUAGAAACAGUGAUAGUUGACCUCGUCAAAGAACCAGAUAGCAAUAGCAUUCAGAUCAAGAGGGAAUUGGAACGGCGUGAUAGGAUCCCGGACUCUAACCUGAAUGGUGAUUCCGUUUACAAUCCCUCAAUCAAGAGUGAUGUGGACAGCAAGACUGAUGAUGAGACUGAGAUGCAAUACCUGCAGGCUCGCAGCACUCCGUCGAUCCCAUUCAUCGGAGCAGAACAACGAAGAAAGAAUAACCAAAGCGAUACGCUUUCUGCAGAUUCUGGCAAAGAGUUUGAAGAUUUGUCCAUGAAACUAGAUUCUGCCAUUUCUCUUUCAUUUGGCGAUAAUGACGGUAAUGCAAAGUCGAAUAAUAAGGUUUCAAAGUUCUUGAAAUCUCACAGCAAGUACUACCUGCCAGAUUCUCAGUUCAAGAAACCUAUUGAUAACCAGACUUCUUUAAUUCUGCCGUCCCAAGCUUAUGCACUGAAAAUUUCCCAACUCUGUUUGGAUUUCUUUCAAAGUCAACAACUAUACUGCUUCGACCAUUCAAUUUUUGUCCCCCAUUUUUACAAGCUCUAUGAAGAUGGUGCCACGGACAACCAGUUACUUCUUGUGCAACUAUUGCUUUCAUUGUCAAUUGGAGAGCAGAUUUAUUAUUCGUUGGUUUCCAAUAAAGACCCAGAUUUUGUCAUCAAUAAGCAAUUAUAUUUUCAACAGAACAAUCUAGAUUCCAACACCCCAGGUCUGAGGUUUUUCAAACAGGCAAUGGAAAUCUCAAACUACAUUGAAGAAGAUCCAAGUUUGACGAAUAUCCAGAAUUGCCUUUUGAUUGCCUAUUACUCACAAUCCCUAAACAGAAUCACUACAUCAUAUGCCUACUUAGGAUUAGCCACGAGGUUGUGUUUAGUUCUUGGCCUUCAUACGAAGUAUGUUAACACCACCAAUAAUGAUGUCAUUUACAAUGAGAAAAGGAAACGAGUAUGGUGGACAACAUUCAUACUGGAUUCUUUUGCGACCUCCAGAGUACGAUUACCGCAGCAUAUAACUUUUGAUCAAACUGACAUUGAAUUACCUACGGAGAAUUUCCUUGACCUAGGUGAUGGAUUUGAUGGCACGAUAUUGCAGAGGCAAGUGCAGCUAGGCAAAUUUGCCGGUAAGAUUCUUUCUCUCAUCUACAAUCAUUCGAAGAGGUCUUACUUUGGAGAUAAGAACACUGUCAUGCUACACCGAGAGACCACAGAGGAUAUCAUAAACAACACUCUAGCUUGUUUAAAGCUUCUGGAAGAGCAUUUUGAAAGAAAUUUGAAGGAAGACUUCAUUCAGUUGAACAGGGAUAUUGCCAGUAACAAUAAUGAUACAAAAAGACCUUUGAUUCAUCUUUUUUUGAAGUUCAAUCAGUACAUUAUUACCACCACCAGACCCCUUGUACUUGUAAUUUUCAAAAAGUACUUGGUUGAAACAGAGCAAACAAGACAGAUUACAUCUCGGUGUAUCUUAGCAGCAUGCCACUCCAUUGACCUGCUGUACCAACUACGAAAGAUUGAAGGAUUGCCCAUUUUUGACUACUGGGACACUCAUUUCUGCUUCUCUUCCGUCCUAAUAUUAAUGAUGGCUAUUUUCACCGGUAAAUCAUACAGUCAGUUGGAUAAAGGUGUUGAACUACUCAAGUAUAUGGCAAAUUGUGGUAAUCAUGUUGCGAAAGAUAAUUUCAUUAAGCUAAGAAACAUUCACAAACUUUUUGAGCAGAUUGGGCUUCCAAACAGAACAACAGUCGAUUUAACUUUGUUGGACGAUGAUAUAAAUGAUUCCAGUAACAGCAGUGAAACAGCAUCUAUCAAACUGGAAAACCAAGACAAUGUGAAGUUGGUGCUAAACCCCAGGCAAGGUCCUACAAUAACCCCUUCCCUGAACGAAUUUUUGAUCCCUGAACCAUCUGACACUACAAACGCAUCAUCAGGUGAUAAUGUCUUUUCAUUUAAUGGGAGCCAGUUUAACAAGAUCAAUAGCACUGCCAACAGUAGUUACAACGAUUUAAGUUAUUUGUCAACAACUAUGAAUAGUGAUUUGGCCAAUCAAAGAUAUCAUUUUACGCCCUACACUGAAGCCAAUUCGAAUAGACAGUCGUUCGGUCUCCCACCAUCAGGCGAGUAUGAAAAUGGGAACAGGAACCCAAAAAACAACACGAAUGGGAAUCCUGUGGAUAUAAAUUACCCCAACGUCUACAAUCAAAGUAUUAAUCAAGGAGAGCAACGACCUACUAACGAAAUUUUUCCAGACUUCUUGUCCAAUAUUAAUAGCUGGGAGUACAACCCAAACUUCAUCUUUGAGCCCGUCAUACAGCAGAUGAAUCAGGAUCAGCAGGCUGAAAUAAAUAAUGCACAAAGUUUGUAG